UGCCUGGUAACUAGUUACAAGAACAAAGAAAACAUUGUUCCACAACUAGCAGAGCAUUAUGCUCCCUGGGGGCAUAUUCCAGAACAUUUGAGCCGGCAAUUUAUGUGCCUUUUGUGCUAUAACAUUUACUGAGAAUCAAGAAGGAACCUGUCACUACAGAACAAAGAUGUUUCAUUUAAGGACUUGUGCUACUAAAUUGAGGCCAUUAACAGCCUCACAGACUGUUAAGACAAUUUCUCAAAACAAGCCAGCAGCACCAAGGACGUUUCAACAAAUCAGGUGCUACAGUGCGCCUGUUGCUGCUGAGCCAUUUUUGAGUGGGACUAGUUCAAACUAUGUGGAGGAAAUGUACUAUGCUUGGCUGGAAAAUCCCAAAAGUGUACAUAAGUCAUGGGACAUAUUCUUUCGCAAUGCCAAUGCUGGAGCCGCUCCAGGUACUGCUUACCAAAGCCCCCCUCCAUUAACUACCAGCCUAUCAACACUGACCCACGCACAGUCUCUGGUUCAAGCACAGCCAAAUGUAGAUAAACUGGUGGAAGAUCAUCUUGCAGUCCAGUCUCUUAUUAGGGCAUAUCAGAUUCGAGGGCAUCAUGUAGCACAGCUCGACCCACUGGGCAUCUUGGAUGCUGAUCUGGACUCUUCCGUUCCAGCCGAUAUUAUCACUUCCACAGACAAACUGGAUCUUGCAGUAUUCAAGGAGCGGCUGAGAGUGCUAACAGUAGGAGGGUUUUAUGGCCUGGAUGAAUCGGACCUUGACAAGGUAUUUCACCUGCCCACUACAACGUUCAUUGGAGGAAACGAAUCUGCUCUUCCGCUUCGAGAAAUCAUCCGCCGAUUAGAGAUGGCUUACUGUCAACACAUUGGUGUAGAGUUCAUGUUUAUUAAUGAUCUGGAGCAGUGCCAGUGGAUUAGGCAGAAAUUUGAAACACCUGGCAUCAUGCAGUUCUCUAAUGAAGAGAAGCGCACCCUGCUGGCUAGACUAGUCCGAUCAACCAGAUUUGAAGAGUUCCUGCAUAGGAAGUGGUCUUCUGAAAAACGGUUUGGUUUGGAGGGCUGUGAGGUGCUGAUUCCAGCUUUAAAGACAAUAAUUGACAAAUCAAGUGAGAAAGGAGUGGAUUAUGUUAUCAUGGGAAUGCCUCAUAGAGGGCGUCUGAACGUGCUUGCCAAUGUCAUCAGGAAGGAGUUAGAGCAAAUUUUCUGCCAGUUUGAUUCCAAGCUGGAGGCAGCAGAUGAGGGGUCAGGGGAUGUAAAAUAUCAUUUGGGAAUGUACCACCGGAGAAUUAAUCGUGUCACUGACCGGAACAUCACCCUUUCACUGGUUGCAAACCCUUCCCACUUGGAGGCUGUUGAUCCUGUGGUUCAGGGCAAGACAAAAGCAGAACAGUUUUAUUGUGGAGACACUGAAGGAAAGAAAGUGAUGUCCAUCCUUUUGCAUGGAGAUGCUGCUUUUGCCGGGCAAGGUAUAGUUUAUGAGACUUUCCACUUGAGUGACCUGCCUUCUUAUACAACACAUGGGACAGUUCAUGUGGUAGUGAACAACCAGAUUGGAUUCACUACUGAUCCACGCAUGGCUCGGUCUUCUCCAUAUCCAACAGAUGUGGCCCGGGUUGUUAAUGCACCCAUUUUCCAUGUCAAUGCUGAUGACCCAGAGGCUGUGGUAUAUGUAUGUAAUGUGGCAGCCGAAUGGAGAAAUACUUUCCACAAGGAUGUAGUGGUGGAUUUGGUAUCCUACAGGAGAAAUGGACACAAUGAGAUGGACGAGCCAAUGUUCACUCAGCCAUUGAUGUACAAGCAAAUCCGGAAGCAAAAGCCUGUGCUGCAGAAAUAUGCCGAGACACUAAUUUCACAAGGAGUGGUAAACCAGUCUGAAUAUGAGGAGGAAAUUUCCAAGUAUGAUAAAAUCUGUGAAGAGGCCCACGCCAGGUCCAAGGAUGAAAAAAUCCUUCACAUCAAGCAUUGGCUAGAUUCUCCAUGGCCGGGUUUCUUCACUCUGGAUGGCCAACCCAGGAGCAUGACCUGCCCUUCCACGGGUCUGAAUGAGGAAGAUUUGGUCCAUAUCGGAAAGGUGGCCAGCUCAGUGCCUGUCGAAAACUUCACUAUUCACGGUGGUUUAAGCAGGAUUCUGAAAACACGUGGAGAGAUGGUUACUAACAGGACUGUAGACUGGGCCUUAGCAGAGUACAUGGCAUUUGGCUCUCUCCUUAAAGAAGGAAUCCACAUUCGACUGAGUGGACAGGAUGUUGAGAGAGGAACAUUCAGCCACCGGCACCAUGUCUUGCACGAUCAGAACGUUGAUAAGAGGACUUGUAUUCCCAUGAAUCAUCUGUGGCCCAACCAAGCCCCAUAUACAGUCUGCAACAGCUCUCUCUCGGAAUACGGAGUCCUGGGAUUUGAGCUGGGCUUCGCUAUGGCCAGCCCCAAUGCCCUAGUGCUGUGGGAGGCGCAGUUUGGCGACUUCCACAAUACAGCCCAGUGUAUCAUCGACCAGUUCAUUUGCUCUGGACAGGCCAAGUGGGUGAGACAAAAUGGCAUUGUGCUUCUACUUCCCCAUGGGAUGGAGGGCAUGGGCCCUGAGCAUUCUUCCGCCAGACCAGAGCGAUUCCUGCAAAUGUGCAAUGACGAUCCAGAUGUCUUCCCGAAACUAGAUGACUUUGAGGUGCGCCACCUGUAUGACUGCAAUUGGAUUGUAGUGAACUGCUCCACACCUGCAAACUUCUUCCACGUUGUACGGAGACAGAUACUUCUCCCCUUUCGGAAGCCGCUGAUAAUCUUCACUCCAAAGUCACUGUUGCGUCACCCUGAAGCUCGAUCCAGCUUUGAUGAGAUGUUGCCAGGCACACAUUUCCAGCGUGUCAUCCCAGAAAGUGGCCAGGCUGCACAGAAUCCAGGGGGGGUCAAGCGGAUUCUUUUCUGCACUGGCAAAGUCUAUUAUGAACUCAUUCGAGAGCGCAAGGCCCGGGAGAUGGAAGCAGAUGUGGCCAUCACAAGGGUGGAGCAGCUGUCGCCAUUCCCCUUCGACCUCCUGCUGAAGGAAUUCCAGAAGUACCCAAAUGCAGACCUUGUUUGGUGUCAGGAAGAACACAAAAACCAAGGCUAUUACGAUUACGUGAAGCCGAGACUCCGCACAACCAUUGACCGUGCAAAGCCUGUUUGGUAUGCUGGACGUGAACCUGCUGCUGCACCUGCAACAGGCAACAAAAAGAACCACCUGACUGAACUGCAGCGCUUCUUGGACACUGCCUUCAACCUCGACUCUUUCAAGGGCUUGUCCUAGAUGCUCUUGGGACUGGUUCUGCAGCACACUCUGUGUAUUUCUGUCUGUCUGCUCAUUUCCUUUCUAUGUCCUUAACUAUAGACCCUGUAAACUAACUUAAGGUGUUUAUUAUUAACCUCUUGUUUGCCGUUGAGGAAAUGCCUCUUCCAUAACCUUGUCCAGAACACGUGCGUGAAGUUCUCUGUACGCUGCAGCUCAAACCUCUGGAACAGUUUCGUGUCACUCCAGCACAAACUCAUGUCCUUUAUGAAGAACCAUAGGAUUAGUCAGCUCCAUUGCUCCAAACCUGAGGGCUUUGGAUCAACUGCCUUCCAAUGAGUCUCCGUGUUGGAGACUUACGAUGACUCCACAUAAUGCACAAAUCAUUGUUCCUAACACAAAAGUUACUGGGGAAAAAGUCACUGCAUUUGGAUCCCAAACACAAACGUGCCUCCCUGAAGGGACAAGAGGUCUGAUUUUCAAUUCACUCCACUUGUCACCUUAUUCGAUCCUUGUUUGAUCUAACUUUGUCAGUUGUGUCAUGAGGGUCCCCCUUCCUUAAGCACUGAAGAUUCUGAGCUAACACAUCAAAUCACUGUGGCUGUUUCCUGUGGUUUAGCAACCUAGCGUUGUCCAUACCGAACACACAGAUACCCCUAGUUCAGUCUUCUGCAGAAGGUUUUCUUCCUCGAAUUAAGGUGUAAUUUCCCUGCCAGGCACUGUUCUAGCUUCUUAUUUUAUAAAGCUGCAGCCUUUAAUAAUAUUACAUCACAUCAUGCAUAGGAAUCUGUUAUUUAGUGGAACCCAAGUUCUGUCUUACAAAGUCACCAUAGCCAUACCUGUGCGGACCUUCAGGGUUUACUUCAUUUCAGGCUGUGAUUCUGUACUUUAAGAAAACUAUACUAGGAUAUUUGGAAAUUCACUGGGUUCUCAGAAACUAAUCUCACUAAUGAGAAAAGCUUAUGUAGAUGCUUAGAUCUUUACAAAAGUGCAUCCUUGCUCUUACUGUAAUCCUAGUUCAGGAGCAUUUCAGACACUCUGUUCCAUUGCUUGAGCAGAAGGGUAACUUUCCUUUCAGUAUAUGGUCAGGUUGCACUUUCUUUUCUGAGUUUCAGGUAAAUCUUUUCUAGUUUUUUUUUCCAAAAUGUUCUUCCAUAAUGAUGAUUUCCCAGUGCUUAGUUCGAAUUUAAUAAUGUUUUCAAGUGCUACUUAAGCUUAUGGAAUCAGCAAAUGAAAUAAGUUUUUUUAAGGCUCCAAGUCUAUUCUUUGCCCAUAUUAAACUUUUGAAGAGUGCUGGAUCAUACCUUCCCAGAAUUACUGAUAUCUAGCCUGCAAGAAACAUUUUGGUGUCAGGGUUUCUGACAAUCCACAUGGCUUUCUGUCCACAGAGAUACUUGUACCACUAAGCUCAAGCAUGGAUGUCAACAUCCAGUGUUCUUCGUUGCUGGACGGACGUGUUGCUUGACCUGUGUUCUCUUUGCACUGUGGACUUACACCAGAAGCAGAGGUUAAGACUGCAUGCACUUUUGAUAGGAGGAAUGGCUUCCACCUACUUCUUGUUGAGCAAUUUUGUAAUUCAGGAGAAAACAAAGCACAGCCCAAAUAGCAGGGACACUGGUGAAAUCAAUUCUAUUUGAUCUCUUUAAGCAGAAAGGCUUUGAGGCAGUUCCAGACAUCCUUUCUUUGAGCCUCUCCACCUGUCAUCUUCUGCCUUUCAGGGGCUUCUCAGGAGCUGAGCACAUGCUGUGCUGCCAGAACAAGGCCCCCCUCAGCAGUUAGCCUCCUAACAUGAGAGUUGAAAGUUUAUUCCAGGCGAACCCGCGAGUUUCUGCUUCCUUACUUGCGCGCACAAAGAAACAUCCUGAUCGACCAUCGCAGUGCUGACGUCCCUCGUCUCCCACCUGAAGCCGCAGCCUCAAGAGCAACCAGAGCAACCUUUGUGCCAGGAACUGAUGCUAUUACUUGGCUCCUUUUACCCAUUGCAGGUAACCGGCUGCUGCUUCCAAUCAGAGUCAUUAUGCAACGGUCUGCCAGUAAUAAAGUGUACCUCAGUG